UGUGGAGUCACCCGAAAGUCUUCAGGCAGCGGCUCUGUGCACAUGGAGAACAAGUCUGCGGAGCGUCUGCAGAUUGUUAGCGGGACAUUUUUCUGAGAAAAUGGGCCUUUAGAUCAAGAUGUAGAUGUUUAGCCAGAGAAGUGUCUUACAGCCGUAAUCUAAAUUUAAAACUGACCUUAAACACUGCCAAGGACCGGUGUUGGUUAAUGUUCAACUCAGGAGGCGCUUGGUGUGCCUGCAGAGGAAUUUGUAAAUGGGACUUUGCGUUUAGAUUUUUAAAGCAGCCAGACGGACAGAUAUGGGCAGCGGUACAAGCCGAGGAAAGAAAGUUGCACCUGCGUGUGUCAGCGAGGUAAAAGGUACCAAAACAACCACUGCUGUCACUUCACCAAAACAGGACAGCCGCCCUUUCAAGCCUCUUAAAAUCCAUGCAAUUUUGCGCAACCGUGCGCAACCAGAGUGCCACAGCGAGGGCCACGACUCUGACUUUUCUCGUGAGGACGAUGACAUUGAUGGGGAGAUGGAUAGGCCUACUGUUGUUGCGGAUUACGAGGAGCGAGAGAGAGCCUCCGUGAAGAAAACUCCUGCCAAGAAGACAGUCAUCAGAUCUAAAACAUACGGACUGUGUCCCUUCAGUCAAGAGGAUGAAAAGGACUUCAGCUCCGAGGAGCCACGUGGCUCACACGGUGGAUCCGGAGAUGUAAACAACAGGAGCAGUGAUGCUUCCAUAUACUUGAAAAAACAAACAUCUGCGUGUCCCAGUCAGCACAGUUCCUCCUCUCGGGGUUUUUUGACAGGCGGGGCUUUGUUUGAAGCUGUUCCCACAUCAGACAAACAAUCGACGUUUGGCAGCUGCCAAAGCUCCUCUCUCACCAUGCCAGCCAAUCUGUACGAUGGAUCAGAAGAGGAGCUGAUGAACACUAUUGAAAAAGAGUUUAGUUGACCCCCAGCUGGGAUUGCUGCAGCAAAGCUGUUGUCCCUUUCAGCUGUCCUCGUGGCAUAGAGCAGUUUGCCUCAGUCAUUUCUAAAAUAGAAAUGGAUGCAGGUUUUCUUUUUACAAUUUCCUUUUACCAAGGAAGGCUACAUCCACUGUUUUUAAGUAGGAUUUAACAGAUACAUCCUGCAUUGUUUGUGUUGAACUUAAACUGCUGCACUCCAGGCCUUUGCAUUUGACCCAAGUAUUAUUUAACAACAUGUGGCAGUGUAAUUGCAGAGCUAUAACACCAACUUGAACAGGUGCCAGGAGCUUCUCCUUGCAGUUCAGACUGAGAGAAGCCGUCCUGGUGUGUUAUCUGCAGCGGUGUCACUAUCACCCCCUCAAGGCUGCAGGCCCCCCACAGAGCACACACCUUCUUAUUGGUUAGCUAUUACCUACUUUACUUCUGUAAAUAGGUAAAGGAAAGAGCAGAAAUGUUUCUCUGGUUGCUAAAACUGAAGUAGUAGCAUUGAAGCCACAUUCUUGUGGCCAUGCUACAUGCAAACAUAACAUCUCUAGCAGCAGAUUUGAAGGGUAGGGUCUAGGGUAGACUUUUUGUGGAGACCCUGCAUAGGUAUGAGCUGGGAUUGUUUGUUUAAGGUCUCCUUCCUGACCACAGUUCCUGACCACUUUUCCACCCUUGUGAAGAAGGAAUGUGUGGCAACAGAGACUUUUAGUCAGGCUCACACAGACGCAGCUGUGUUUCAGCCACAUUCAACUAUAAUGGGAUGCUGCCACUUAGUGGUGGAACACAGUAGCAUGAACACAUGCUUGAACAUUAAUACUGAAUGUGUAAACAAACGGCAAAAGCGGAAUUCAACCUAAAUGUAGAGUUUUUUAUUUUGGUUUUAUAUUGCAAAUAAAAAUGUAUUGCUAUA